AUGGAUUCCUCUAUCUUCUAUGCCCUGACUUUGGCUGCUGCUUUAAUACGGCCCGUAUACUCGAUAGACCUUCCCGACUACACCGGAUUAAAGAUAGCCCAAAAUGGAAGCAUCCUCACGGUUACUUUCCACAACCCGUCGUCUCCUAUCAAUUUAUGGAAUCUGGCCACACAAAACGAUUUGACCGACCUGGUCAUCAUCUUCAACAUCACCAUCGGGGCUAUAGAAGGCCGCGCCCGCGGUGCCGGCAACGAAUUCCUUGUCUCCCUCGACAUGCGCUUCGCCACAAAGGGCGAGAGCCUCUUCGGCCAACCCGAAGUCGGAAGCGGCCUGUUCCCUGGCGGCGGCGGCAGCCAAUUCCUCCCUGGCCUGAUCGGAAGAGGUCGCGCCAUGGAGUACGUCCUGAGCUCAAACGACAUCACCGCCGAGGAUGCCGCAGAGAUCGGCUGGAUCAAUAAGGCAUUCGACACCUCUGCUGAGAUGUACGGCUACAUUGGAAAGCUCGCACAACGUUUCAGCUGGUUCCCUCUGUCGGCUCUCCAUGGUGGCAAGAAGACGAUUAACCGAGCUUCGGCACCGUCGCUUGAGCAGAUUAUCAAGGAUACCAAGGAUUUUUUCAAGCAAAAAUUCAACUCAGAGGCACAGGCUAUCGCGAAGAGAUCGGCGGCGUUGUCUCGCUAUAUUUCCGCUGUGGAUUUGGAGCUGAACCUACCUCAGUCGAUUGCGCGCCUUUACAUUUAG